CUUUCCUCUCUCUCUAACACUUCGAUUUCCCGCUCUCCAUUUCUCCGGCCUUUUCUUCCAAUUUUGAUUCUCAAGUCGGAUGUUGAUUUUACAGCCACCGUCGUCUGCGCUUCCAGUUUCCGAUUCGUAUUUCCGGCUUCAAUUUCUGAAACCUCGAGGGUUUCAGUAACUUUUAUUCCUUCACAGAGAGAUCAGAGGCCAUCGAUAGCGGAAAAGAAGGACUUGUUCGUUGAUACAAGAAGGAUUGAUUGCGAAGAUUUUGCCUCCGGAAACUGUUUCAGAUGAAGGCGACCUCCACACUUCUGGGGUAGGUGACAAAGAUAAGAAAGAGGAAUGGAACAGAAAAGAAGCCCUUGCUCCGUUGAUGAAGGCUACCUCAUUUCUCUCGCUAGCAAAAGGCACAAGGCUCAAUUUUCUAUUUCAGCUAAGGAUAGGAAGGAGAAGCUGGGCGAAAGAAUUGUAGCUUUGCAACAACUUGUUUCACCUUAUGGAAAGACAGACACAGCUUCUGUUCUUCUGGAGGCAAUGGAAUACAUACAAUUUCUUCAUGAACAAAUUAAGGUGUUGAUUGCUCCAUACCUUGAAAGAACACCAAUGUCCAGAAUACAGGAAAUUGAGCCGUGGAGCUUGGGAAGCAAUGGCUUAUGUCUCGUGCCGAUCGCCUCGACUAGCCGAAUUGCUAGCUGCAAUGGUGCAGACAUCUGGGCUCCUGUCAAGACUUCUUCCUCGGACAUUGAGAAGAAUGUCUUGGAGUUACAAUGAGGCUCUCGGGUCGUUCGGAUUCGGUAGUUCUGGUCUAAGGGGCAAAUAUUUUUCUUCAUCUAAUUCACUGCAAAGUUUUUUCAGAAGCAGGAAAUUUGUAUGCUCUGUAGUUUUGCUCUCUUGAACUUUAGAUAGUCGACCAAUACGCCAUUCCAGCAUCAAAUUGGUGUUACAGAAGCAGUUCCAUUGUCUAAUUUCUCUCUUUUACAUUAGAUCUGUACAAGCCUUAAGUUUGUUCUAAUAUCAGUGCUGAUUCGUAAUGUUUCUUUUUU